CGUCAGCAGCAGCAGCAGCAGCAGUCGUCGUCAGUGAGCGGCCGCCACAGACGAGGCUGCGAUGGCGUCUCUUCUGCAGCCGGAGAAAGUUGUCUAUCUGGUCCGCGGAGAGAAGAGGAUCAGAGCGCCUUUAUCUCAACUUUAUUUCUGUCGCUACUGCAGUGAGCUGCGCUCUCUGGAAUGUGUGUCUCACGAGGUGGACUCCCACUACUGCCCCAGCUGUCUGGAGAACAUGCCGUCUGCAGAGGCCAAGCUCAAAAAGAACAGGUGUGCAAACUGUUUCGACUGCCCCUGCUGCAUGCACACGCUGUCCACCCGCGCCACCAACAUCCCAGCUCCUUUGCCCGAUGAUCCUACCAAGACGGCCAUGAAGAAGGCCUACUAUUUGGCCUGUGGUUUCUGUCGCUGGACCUCCAGGGAUGUAGGGAUGGCUGACAAAUCAGUGGCGAGCGGCGGAUGGCAGGAACCAGAAAACCCUCAUACUCAGCGGAUCAACAAGCUGAUUGAGUAUUACCAGCAGCUGGCUCACCGGGAGAAACAGGAGAGAGACAGGAAGAAGUUGGCCAGGAGACGACAGUGCAUGCCUCUGGCGUUCUCGCAACACACUAUUCAUGUGGUGGAAAAGUAUGGCCUUGGAACCAGACUGCAGAGGCAGAGGUCUGGAGCUCCCAUAUCGAGUCUGGCCGGGCUUUCCCUUAAAGAGGGUGAGGACCAGAAGGAGAUCACUAUCGAACCUGCUCAGGCCCUUGAUGAAGUGGAGCCCCUACCUGAAGAUUGUUAUACCAGGCCCAUCAAUUUACCAGAGGUGACCACGCUGCGCCAGCGGCUUCUGCAGCCCGACUUCCAGCCCGCAGGGGCAUCUCAGCUCCACCCCAGACACAAACACCUCCUGAUGAAGCGCUCACUGCGCUGCAGGAAAUGUGAGCACAAUCUGAGCAAGCCAGAGUUUAAUCCCACUUCAAUCAAGUUUAAAAUUCAGCUGGUGGCUGUGAGUUACAUCCCUGAAGUGAGAAUUAUGUCCAUUCCAAAUCUCCGGUUCAUGAAGGAGAGCCAAGUGCUGCUGACUCUGACCAACCCAGUGGAGAACGUCACCCACGUCUCACUGACCGCCUGUGAGGAGGAAGAUCCCGACGACAUCAACAGUAGUGCCAAGGCUUUAGUUCCCGGCAAGGAACUGGUGUUGGCAGGAAAGGAUGCCGCUGCGGAGUACGAUGAACUGGCCGAACCUCAGGACUUCCAGGAUGACCCAGACGUGGUUGCUUUCAGGAAAUCCAACAAGAUUGGUUUCUUCAUCAAAGUCAUCCCUCAGAAGGAAGACGACGAGGAUGUCACCGUUUCACUCAAGAUCAGACAUGACUUCCGCAACCUGGCAGCUCCCAUCAGGCCCAGCGAGGAGGGAGGCGACAACACGGCUGAUGCCAUUUGGCUGACGCACCACGUGGAGCUGAGGCUGGGACCCCUCGCUCCCUGAACAUGAAUACUCCAUUUACUCUCACGCAGUCCCAGAGUCCUAGUGUUGGUUUCUUUGAACUACUUUCUUUAAACUGUGUGAUUUCAUUAAUUUAAAAGAAUUUCUGAUUCUGCUUAUUGGUGUGCAACAACAAAUCUCCUUGCCGUACAACCCUUUCAGAGUAUUUUUGUUUUAGCUUAAGCUGCAUCGUCAGAUACAUUGAGGAACAUGCUACGAUUGAAUGACGGCUCCCUGUGCUACGACAGUGGCUGACGGCAGAGCAACAGAUACACGCAACGAGUUAAAACUUGGCUUUAUAUGUUUUAUUGUUUUUUUUCACUGUUACUAAUUGCAGAAAAAAUUAUAUAUCAGCAAAAAGCAGAUUUAGUGUGGUUACUACUAUAUACAGUUGAUGUUAUUUAUUAGAGAUGUUAAGUUGUUUUAGUUUAAAAAUGCCACAUUUCCUGUUGCCUGAAUUUGAAAAUGGAUUUAUCACUACAGCUGCUUUCAAUCAUGCACUGAAGUCCGGACAUUUUCCUGAAGGGGCUGCAUGUGAGAACGCAAAUGCUGCCCCAGACAUUCUCUGUAACUUUUCCUGCCAGCACACUUGUAAAAUGUCUGGAAAAUGUCCAAGUGAGCCCAUGUGAAAAUACAGAAGGAAAAUCUCCGGAAGAUUCACAUGAGCUAGUGAGCGCUCGACCCAGGCGACACCCCUCGCCUGAAUGUUGUGAGCGCGUCUGACCAGGACAAGCUCCUGCUCCGUUCUUCAUAUGUGAACGGCAAACUGCCGGAAAAGUCCAGACCCAGUUUUCUGGACAAUUUUCCGUAGUUCAUGUCUGAAAACGGCUUAUGUUACAUUCAGUGUUUUCUUAAUGACAGAACAACUGCAAGGUCCCAGCAUCUUUCUCCACACUCUAAGUUCGUUAAAUUUAUUUACAGUUUAUGUAGAAAGGUCAGAGCGGGUCAACAUUAAUAUCAUGAGAUUAUAGAAAUGGUAGAUACUAAAUGAAGUCCAUGAGCAGAAUCAGAAACGGUAACUGAGAACGAUCAGAACGAUUUCCGAACUGCAGCGCGCACGCACACACCGCUUCUCGCUUGUAUCUCUGUCAAUAUGCUUUUCUGCAGGCAAUAGCAUUGUAUGAACUCGCAUGUUUCAACUAUAGUAAAUAUCACAUGUUAAACAACGUCAUCACAGUUGAUCCUGUAUUGUUUUCUCCUCUGGGACUGAAGGUGACCCCUGCCCAUGAUGUUUCUGUUGUCUGAAGUCGCCACAGUAACCGUAACUGGCACUGAAGAGAUAAUGUGUAGGAAGCUCUGUAAAUUACAGUAAGUGUUAUCAUUUCAAGGUGUUGAAACACUAUAUGGUUUUUCCUGAUUUGAAAGCCAAUCUUUUUGUUUUGUAGACAUCGCUGACCUCCCUGUCGGUGUGUAUCGUAAGUUGCUGUCACUUUUGGUCUCUGGUGUGUAAACUUAGUAAAAACCGAGCCUUACAACGCAGUUAAUCUUCUGUAACGGCUAAUAAAAUAUUGUGAUAAUGCAACAGAA